CAGUAGGACCCAAAAGUUCGUGACCUCAAGGUGCGUCAACAAAUCAUCACCAAACUCACCUUGACCAGAGUGCAAAGUCGAAAACAACUGAGACCUUGAAAUAGUUCAAUGGAGUGUAGUGGAAGAAGUCAUGCCCCAUGUGAAAUAAUUGAAUGAAAAAUAAAAAAACCUGUGAAUACAACUUUAUACCAGAGAGUCAUCCAGUAGCUGCGUUGUCACUGUCAAAGAGUGGGGAAAGUGCACUGGUGGUGUGAAUCGUCAGUGAGAAGACAGAGAUAGUGCCAGUGUAACUUUGUAAAGACAAAGUGAGAGGUAUAAACCGGCGAAGUGGGUUGCCAUGUCCCUCCUGUCCCGUGUGUUGGUCGUGUCGAAGGCGAACGUGAAAAUCAUUCGGUCUUUCCCUGGGCUGCCCGAUGCACCGGUGAUUGCUGAGUCCCAAUUGUCAAGACUCACGAAUUCCAAGCGCUCCAAUUUUAUUUCACCUUCAUUUGUUCGUGGAUUCAGUAUUUCUGCAGCAGCCAUGGCGAAAAUCAAGGCAGGUCCAGUGGUUGACGUCCUGGGUGACGAGAUGACGCGGAUAAUCUGGGACUCAAUAAAAGACAAAUUAAUUCUUCCUUACUUGGACAUUGAACUCCACACCUUCGACUUGGGAAUAGAAAAUCGUGACGCCACAUCUGAUAAAGUCACCGUGGACUGUGCUGAGGCGAUAAAAAAAUACAACGUGGGAAUAAAAUGCGCGACAAUAACUCCAGACGAAAAGAGGGUGGAGGAAUUCAAGCUGAAGCAGAUGUGGAAGAGCCCGAAUGGAACAAUCAGGAAUAUCCUGGGAGGUACGGUCUUCAGGGAGGCCAUAAUCUGCAAGAAUAUUCCACGUCUGGUGACUUGCUGGAAUGAACCAAUCAUCAUUGGCAGACACGCCCAUGGGGACCAGUACAAGGCGACAGACUUCGUCGUCCCUGGAGCAGGAAAGCUGGAGAUCACCUGGACAGGUUCUGAUGGUAAAAAAAUUCAGCACACAGUGCACGAGUUCAAGGGAGCUGGAAUAGCUCAAGCCCAAUUCAAUACUGAUGAGAGCAUCAGGGCAUUUGCCCACAGCUCCAUGCAGUACGCCCUCUCCAGGAAGUACCCUCUGUAUCUCUCCACCAAGAAUACAAUUCUCAAGAAGUACGAUGGCAGAUUCAAGGACAUCUUCCAGGAGAUAUACGACGCCGAAUACAAGACGAAGUACGAGGCGUCAGGAAUUUGGUAUGAGCAUCGAUUGAUCGAUGACAUGGUGGCAUACGCCAUGAAAUCAGACGGUGGAUUUGUCUGGGCUUGUAAGAACUACGAUGGAGACGUCCAGUCGGAUUCCGUUGCCCAGGGCUUCGGCUCCCUUGGGAUGAUGACUUCAGUCCUCAUUUGUCCCGAUGGAAAGACUGUCGAGGCUGAAGCAGCACAUGGAACUGUCACUCGUCACUACAGACAGCAUCAGCAGGGCAAGGAGACCUCCACCAAUCCCAUCGCCUCGAUCUUCGCCUGGACCAGGGGACUUCUUCAUCGUGCUGAACUCGACAAGAACAAUCAGCUCAAGAAUUUCGCUGAAACCCUCGAGAAAGUAUGCGUAAGCACCAUCGAGGAGGGAUUCAUGACCAAAGAUCUCGCCAUUUGUAUCAAGGGCAUGAACAACGUCACCAGGUCUGACUAUCUGGAGACCUUCCAGUUCAUGGAUAAACUCGCCGAUAAUUUGAAAAAAAAAUUGGGAAAGUAGAGGUCUUCGUGAAGAGUCUGUUGUAAUUGGGUUUAUGAAUUUUAGAAAUGUUUUGCUGCUCUUUUGUACGUUUUAUGGAAUAUUUGCACGAUUAUUAAUAAAGUUUUUAAAUUUAA